GCCGGAAGUGCUUCGGUAAACUCCUGCGCGUGUUCCGCUGCUGCUUUGAGAAAGUUCAUAAAUGUGCGUCUCCCUGUCUGCGCUCGGAUCCGUGGGUUGAACUGAGAGCGAUGGCCGGGCCGGAGCUCCUGCUGGACUCCAGCAUUCGGAUGUGGGUGGUCCUGCCCAUCGUCUUUGUCACCUUCUUUGUCGGGGUCAUCCGUCACUACGUCACCCAGCUGCUCAACAGCGACAAGAAGGUCAACCUGGAGCAGGUCUCUGACAGCCAGGUGCUCCUGCGCAGCCGCAUCCUCAGAGAGAACGGAAAGUACAUUCCCCAACAGUCCUUCGCCAUGAGGAAGCAUUACUUCAACAACGCAGAAACUGGCUUUUUCAAGAAGGUCAAGAGGAAGGUUGUCCCCAAGAACCCCAUGACAGACUCGAGCAUGAUGGUAGACAUGAUGAAGGGAAACCUGACCAAUGUCCUGCCCAUGAUUCUGAUUGGUGGAUGGAUCAACUGGGCUUUCUCUGGAUUCGUCAUAACUAAGGUGCCGUUCCCGUUAACGCUGAGGUUCAAGCCGAUGUUGCAGAGAGGGAUCGACCUGCUGUCGCUGGACGCUUCCUGGGUGAGCUCAGCGUCCUGGUACUUCCUGAAUGUGUUCGGGCUGAGGAGCAUGUACAGCCUCAUUCUGGGUCAGGAUAACGCUGCCGACCAGUCACGGAUCAUGCAGGACCAGAUGACAGGCGCGGCCAUGGCGAUGCCCCCUGACCCCAACAAGGCCUUUAAGAGCGAGUGGGAGGCGCUGGAGAUCGUGGAACAUAAGUGGGCGCUGGAGAAUGUGGAGGACGAGCUGAUGUCCAAAGACCUCAACUUCGGAGGCUUCUUCAGCCAGGACAUCGCGUCCACCAGGUUCUAGGACGGCGAGGACGUACAGGAACCCCCUCCUCUCUCCUCAGUCUCUCCUGAAGGUUCUGGGACACAGUUUUGCACAACAUAGAAUUUAAAAAAAGAGAAUUAUAUUUAUGGCGCUGCCUCUGAAAUCAUCCAUUCGCUGCCUCGGACGCCUCGCUCUCUGCUUUUGUACGAACCUCCAAAUUCAACGUUUCCUCGAGUUUUCCAGCCUGAUCUUCACUGUUGUUGGUUUUUAGUUUAGAAAAAUCUAAAAGAACUUGAUUUUACUUUGAAUUGAUGUUUGUGGGUGUUUAAGUUAUGGCUUUUCACAUUUAAUUGAUGCGUUUGAGUCCUAAUCCAUUAUACGGGUAGUAAUGAUGGCUGGGGGGGGCUCUGGACACAGCUCAGGUCUUUAAAAUCAUCGGUGAAAAAUUGCUUUAAGGUUUCCCGGCUGAUCCUUUUCCACAAACCAGCAGACUGGACACGGUCCUAAACGUUUCUCCUGAGCGGCGCAGGAAAUCAAAGCUGUGUUCACGAUAACGUGAGGACGUUUUCAACAGGACGAAGCAGGUGGAGGUCUCGUGUUUUCAUCCUGAAAGACAUUUUGGAUGUACUGCGUACGCUGUAGUGAGGUGUGGAGUGAGUUAAAUAAAGGUGGCACCACAACUGA